AAUUUUUAAAUAAACGUCUAUUGGCCUCCAUUCCUCGUUCUCUCUGUGGUGUAGAGUGUUCAGUUAACAUUGUGUGUGUUGGGCUUUAGGUCUUCCCGUCUUCCAGUGACUGCUGAUUACACGUGUUACAAUUUGAUUAAACAGCGCUUUAGGAUUUUAGCUGAUGUCAGUUCGUGAUGAAAAUUUUAAAUCUAAUUCAUAACCCUAACCAACUGUAAAUCAUAAUCCUUAUUCUUCACACAGGUUUAUAGCUCCCAUUUAGCCCUAACAAGUAAAUGGACACCCUCAAGGCUGCUUUAAUGUCGCUCAAAGGUCAUCCAUAAGUUAUAGUUUCACCGAAUUUUGGUUACAUCAUUUAUGUAUACAUAAGUCCUAAUCCUUAGUUCCGAUCUCUAUCCAUAUCUUAAGUUCUAUAACGGAGAUGCUAAGCUAUUCAUUUAUACUUACUGCCUUCUGAAUAGCUUGAUAGAAUCUGACAAGGUAGUUUAAAGACUCACAAGUCCGCUCUUACACUGCAUAUAACCAGUGCUUGUAGCUGUUUGUUUUUCUAUCCGUGUAAAACAUUACUGAUCCAGGAGGCUCUGGUUAGAAAUUCUAGUGUAGAUAACAAAGAUUAUUUUAUCGUCAUUAGUAAAACUACGAAAAGCGCUACAAAACCGAGAGCCUUCGAUAAAGAACGAACUCUUAUAGAACAGCAAGCUAAUCUUAUGUGAAAGUUAUAUCUCGAGUCACUUCGACAGAGAAUCUAGAUAUAUUAGUGACUUAGAGAGUCAUAUCAUGAAAGGUCCAGUUGAUGGUGAAUAGAAAUCAUAGAGGCAAAGAAGGAAAGGUCAAAUUGUUCCUGAUACUAUUGCGUGGAGCUUGGAGGGGUCGAGUGACUCGGAUCCUGAAUCCAGACUUUCAUAUGCUUCAUAUUAAGUUGAGCUGUUUGUCUGUCUCAUAUUCCCGACUUGUUCAUCAGGUACUCAUGUCAAGAACUAAUAAGUUUAAGCAAGAGAGCCUAUGGUAGUACUGAUUCCCCGCCACGUAUACUUAUUAAGGUUCCUAGGGUUUGAGUAACAAAAUCUCAAGUUAACUUGUUCUCAGGAGAAAGAUAAUAGCAAUACGCCGGUGUAACUGGAAGAUAGAAUCAAGAGGAGAACGGGUGUGUCAGAACGAGUAGUCUGGAGACUGUUUAGUUUGACUACAAACUACCACUCGCUACUUAUUGAAAUAAACAAGACUGGUAUGGUAACAAGAAAGAAAAUAAGACUACAGAAGGAUGCUUUAUUCAGCAGUUACUAAUUAAUACAUUCACAAUGAGAGUUACAUAUCAUUUUAAAUGUUCGGUCAGUGAAUAAAUUUGGACGAAAGUAACUAAAGUUAGUCAAUAAUCUAACAUGUAGUAUGAUUUUCAUAGUAAAUAAAUAGACUUGACUGAAAAAUAUUACUCACUCCUAGUUUGUAUGUUUGUUUUAUUCCUAACAAUAACUACCACUAGGUUAACUUUACUAUUGUUUUGGUAAAAUAAAUGAAAAAUAUUAUUUGGGCUGGUGUUCUGCGUCAUGAGGAAGGAAUGUUUUUCUGUCUAAAGGACGACAGGCUCUUAGAUCACGUCUUUCAUGUUAUUUGUUUAUUAUAUUUGAACACAUCUUUCAUGUUUGGCUAAUCUGAUUCCGAAAUUGGAUUUGGCUUUAGCAAAAGGUGAAAAUAUUCCGGUAGAUGUAAUUUUUAUGAACCUCAGUAAAAACUUUGAUUAGAUCUCUCAUUUGGGUCUUUGAGCAAAGUGGGAAGGCUUCGUAAUGGAUUAUACAUCAAGAUCAGACUGAUGAAUUUCUUAGUGAUAGGAGGCAACGUGUGAGAGUAAACAGCACCUUGUUAUUGUAAGAAUAUGUGAAGGCUGGAGACUGGUGUUUGUUAGCAGUAAAUUAUAGCAUGCUCAUGGUAUGGUAAAUAGAUCGUUGUGACGAAUUAUGCAAGUAGAUAAUAGAUGAAGGGCUUUCAACUAACAUCAAUAAUACUAUUUUAAAAGCCACAGCAAUUAAUGAGCACAGAAUCAUGGGUAACUAAGAUGGGCGCUGCCAAAAGUUUCCUUAUUUUGUAGGUAAUCCGUAAAGCCUGUCAUAACUUGGAGAGAAAUACAUCUAGGAUAUUCUGCCCGACGUAUGUGAGACCUCGUUUGAAAUACCGAGUUCAGUCAACGGAUCGUUGUUCCAAAUAUGAAACGGAUAUUCUGCAACGGGUUCAACGACGAGGAACCAAAAUUGCAGUCUUUCUGACUUGUCUUAUCAAUAGGCUGGGACGCUUCAACCCAUUUCUGUUACCCGACAGUAGAUCGUGGGGUGACGUAUUACAAUGUACUAAACAUUGGUUUUUGUACUAAUAUGUUUUAUCUUUCUUUUCAGGUAGUCUGAAAGGAUAUUCUCAGAUAGUUCCAUACCAAGAUCAAAUCGUUUAAAUCUGGAGUUGUUAAUUACUGGAAUUCUCUGACAGAAAACGUAGUAUCAGAACUUGUUGAUACAUUCGAAGAGAUAUUGUAUCUUCACAGUACUAUAAAUCUCAAUGGUUAACAUGGGUCACUUGACCUCUUACCCUUACUCCUGAAGACUGACCGCAUCCUAUUCAUAAAUGUAUGAACUGCUUGAGUACGAGGCUUCUAUUCUUGUCGACAUUCACCACGAAAGCUCAUUGCUGGUGCUUGCUGAUGGUCUGGGAAUGGAUACAAUUAUUUAUAACACACUAAGGUUACAUUCAGAUCCUCACAACUUAGUGCUUGUUUCGAACUAUCGUCUCCCAGAAGCUCGUUUUCUAACAGGUAUACUGGAAAAGAAUGGAAUAAUCCACUCUCCUGGAAUAAUUACUGCCGAGGUAAAUAAUAAGGAACGUGAGGCAAUUUACAAGCGAGGUGGUGUGGUAUUUGUCAGUUCUCGCAUAUUAGUUGUGGACUUACUGAUGGAAAGAAUGCCUGCCACUUUGGUUUCCGGUGUCUUAAUUCUUCGAGCACAUGAGCUACACGAGGCUUGUCAAGAUAGUUUCGCUAUUCAGCUUCUCAGAGAACGCAAUCCGCAGUUGUUUAUCAAGGCUUUCAGUGAUAAUUCAUUGUCUUUGACUUCUGGUUACAAUCAUGCAGAAAGGAUUAUGUUGCAGCUGGGUAUUUCAAAGCUUGUUCUUUGGCCAAGAUUCAAUAUGCAGGUUGUUUCUUGUCUAAAUGAAAGCCAACCUGAUGUGGAAGAAGUUCGCGUAAGAUUUUUUAUACUAUAACUAUUGCUAUUACAUUUUGGAAUGAAAACACAUACCCACUAGCGAUUAUAUUUGUAGGAUGAAUACAUUUGUGCAUCUCGAUCUUAUCUUUGUGGUUUGGUCGUUGAUAAACUUACACUCAGAAGAUCCUAAAUUGGAUUGAUCUUGUAUUUAUACUUAUUUCAACAUCUUUAGAAAUUUACUAGUUAAUUGUCUUACGUAAUCUUUGUUUUAUCAGGUAAAGUUGACUUCAGAAAUGAUUAUUUGUCAGUCGUGUAUACUUGACCUUAUGAAGGCCUCAUUGAAAGAAUUAUGCGAUCAAAAUCCAACACUAAAUACGGACGAUCUUACCUUAGAAAAAGCUCUGUUACCGAAUUUCGACAGUCUUGUCUCGUUAUACGUUGACCCUGUAUGGAAUCAGCUCAGUUCAGUCAGUCGACGUCUUGUCGGAGAUAUUUCAAGCUUGAGGCGUUUACUCCACUUAUUGAUUGAAGGAGAUGCUGUCAACUUUUUAACCAAUAUGGAAGGUUUACGUCAAGCCGCUUUAGCAAGUUUAGGCGUAACUCAAAAGAGUGAAAUAAAUUCAAAAAUGGCUGCUUCAAGAGGUUGUCCUAGUUGGUUUUUGAUGGAUCAAGCUGAUCGUCUUUUGGCGUCUGCAAGGUCUCGUGUAUAUGCUGAUUACAGCAAAAGUAUGUUCCUACAUUUUUUUAAACUACUGUAAGUACUUUCGUUGACAGCAUUUUAUGCUUUGUCAACUAUUCAUUUUCAUAUUCAUCUAAGUUUUCAGGGAUUAAAACAAUUCGUAAUUAUUUAAUUUCGAAAUAACUUGUUCACAGUUAGCUUGAUAGUAUGGUUACAUAGUUGUGUGUCAAAAAUCUUUUCAGUAAUCCUGGCUGAUAGAGUUUGCGGAGUAAUAUCAGUGAGCUGAGAUAUUCGUCAAUAAAUAUUCAGUGUUUAAAGUGCGAAAUCGUAAUGGGAAAUUCCAGGAGUUUAUAUAUUAUCUAAAUUGAUCUUUAUUAGUUGGUGUUUUAAAUUCCUUUUCAUGGCUCAAUGACCUUUAUUUAUCUCAUUGAAAUGCCAUAAUUUCAUUUCUGUUAAGCGAGAAUAACAAAUUCGAUAGAAAACAGUGAAUUCGUUGAGAAUUUCGUUGUCACUUAUUCAGCAACGUAUAAGGUAAAAUAAAUAAUAGAUAUAAGUGAUUAAAUAUUAUGACAUAACUAACAGUGUAUUUUAUUAACAAACCAAUGGAAGCCAACAGUAUGUAAUCCGACCGUUUGAUUAAGUGUUAAAAACUCAAUCGUCUUUUUAUUUGCAGUAUCCUAAAAGAUAUUCUGUUCGUUGGAUCAUAUCUACAACGCAAAAUUCAUCAUAUAUUUGGUCAGUUUGUCAUCAAAUACUUCUUGUGGAUGUUUGGUUUCUGAAGUAAAAUUUAUGUUUGUGGACGCGUGAAAAUAUUGUAUCCUUAAAAUGCACCACAGUGAAUUCUUCCAUAUUGAGCCUAGAUACCAUUCCGUUCACGAGUCAUUGUUAGGAGAUGGAUCGUUUCCUGAAAAUUCACUCACAAACGACCAAUAAAUUGAUGUCAUAUCAGUAACAAUGAUUAAAUUCUCAAACCGCUCGCGUACGUUUACAUCAGGUGCUGAUUCUAAACACAUAAUAAAAAAUUCUAUUAAUCCCAACUAAUUUUCCCGUCAUCAUCGGUGAACAAACCUUUUGUUUUUCUUUCAUGCUGUAAAUCGUUUGGAACUUGAUCAAGAGUCAUUCGGAGGCUUAGUACGAGUUUGGUUGAAGUGUACUUCAAGAAGUAUUUACGUUGGGUUCAUUACUAUGUUGAUAUUUCGAUCCACGUAGCUAGUAACCGAGUCAUAGCAUCCGCGAUAGGUAUUUAUGACGCAGUGACAACUUAUCUAGAUGUGAAGUUGGCUUUUUAAUAGUACAUGAAACUAAUGAAGCUGUAACAUAGUGAUUACGUACAACAACAUUAAAUCCUUCCUACUACAUCCUGAAACUCAUCAUCAGCGAGAUGAAUUCCCUGUAAUAUAACGAAGUUUUCUAUGAUCUUACUGCUAAUGCUGUUUUUGAUUCUUGAUCCAAGCAUUAUGGAAAUUUGUUUUACUUUGAGUUUGCUCAUCAAGGUGCCACACGAAAAUCGUCGCUAUUUCCAUGCAAACUGGGUAUCACUUAACAGGAAGGUACUCAUUUCAUAUUACCAUAUCAACUACGUGGUCGUAAUUUCAAAGACAUUAUUCCAAAUGUUUGAGACCAGUGUUCACUAUUUAAGACAUGGUAUCAAUCCAUAAAAUACAAAGCGAAAAACUAAUGACUUUGUUACGUAUGAAGGCAUUGCUAAUCUAUAAAGUGAGUACUUUAAAUUACUAUCUUUUAUGGAUGACCAAUCCAAGUGCCUAAUUUUAUCCGUGAACUCCAUUACCCUAAAGAUGCGGAUAUUGACAUGCAUCUAUUGAGUAAGAUUGAACAGGACUCCCAAAUAACACCGUACAGUUACUGAAGUAUGUCAACGACUUAUAAACUUUAAAAGUGACGAGGAAAUCUUUCAGCACCCGGGAAAACUCAGUUCAGUACAUAUAGUUUUAGCUUCAAAUCAAUCACCUAGCCAGUCCUCCCGAACCAACAACACAAAACAGCCUCCAUUAACAUGUCAAUAUUGCAGUGGAUAGCAUUUUUACCACUUUUGUUAUUUCAAAAACAACAUUGCAAUCAAUAAUGCAGCGAAAUCGGACACAGAAAUGAUUACUUUGAAUAACGUUGCAACAUAACCAAAUUUACUGUGAGGCGAAGAACUUCCCCCCCCCAAUCCAAGCGUGACACUAAUUCAAGGAUCCGCUAGGGGUAUAAAUUUAUCGCUAGCAGCUGGUGGAUAUAUUACUUACUAUCAAAUAGACAUUACAUAUAUCAUGGUCGUGUCGACCGAACUGUGAAAAUACGUAAGCUGAGCAACAUUCCACGAAACGCGUCAGGUUAUGAAAGUGCAAUGGGGUAUCGCACCUCAAGAUAUUACUAAAUUGUGAUGCUACAUAUCAAUCGGAAACAGUCUCUAAAUUAUGUUAUAUUAUUGGUGUGAAGGUAAACUUACUUGGUCUCUACUGAAUUAGUUCUCUAAGGUUCCGCAGUCUGUUCGGAUGUUGACGAUAAUUUCAUUUUCUUAUCCAUAUGGGUCUCAUUCUGGUACCCAUUUGUACUAGUAUUUAUGUAUUUUAAAUAAACAAAUAAAAAUGAUUACUUUUUUGCUACCGCAUCCAAGCAGAUUAUGUGAGUUUAGUAUUUUGAUUGGCUACAGGAAGUAGCAGAUAAGGUAAUAGCUGCUUCGAAUGAAACACAGGUACCGUUAAGUAGUUUGGAUUUUUGUUCAUUAGCACAAGUCGUCUUUAAAUACUUCAGGAAACUAUAAUUUGAUUUGGUAAGUCUGCUAUUAAAGUCCUUUGUACUUGAAGGUAUAUAUUAUUUAAUAACUGCAAAUAUAGUCCCAACUUACUUAUUCAGUCCAGACCAUAUAAGUGCACGUUAGCUUCAGCAAUAUAACAUGAUUCAAAUGUGAUUACACCUUGAAAUGUAUUAAAAUGAAGUGUUACCAUUUGAUUCGAUCCAGAAAACCUAUGGGAUAAAAGGGUUAAUAUCUUGUUGAUAUUUUAAAACGUGGUUUUUUGUAACCUCCCCGUUUGUUUCCGAAUUUCUAGUUUUCUCUCUUCAUAAGUAAUUAUCAUCUAAGUAUCUUAAACUGAUAGUAGUUGCUGAUAUCACAAUUAAUUGAUUCUAAAUUAUUUUAACGGCUAUGAUAUUUCAACCAAAAAGCUCUAGUUUCCCCAUAACUUUUCAAUAGUUCAUCCAUAUAGGGGCUAUUAAUUCGUAGUUCACUCAAAGUAAGUAAAAUAAUCACUUGUUUUUUUUAUCAAAAAAAAUUAUCAUAGGAUUUAUUGUUUUGUAAUUUUUAUUUUUUCGACUUAUACUUUUAUAGAAUUAUUAAAUGUUGAGAUUAGUCCUAAAUGGAAAGCACUUGUUGAACUACUAAAUGAAAUCUAUACCAACACAACUGAUCAAACAUUAAGUAAUACCAUAUUAAUUCUUGUCAGUCGUGAAAAUACAGCAAGGUAUCUUGAACGUUAUUUACAACGUGGAAUACAAUCUAUUAAGAAGUUUCUUGUUCAAACUUCAGAUUUACCUGAGUUACAGUCGCAUAAAAUACUACAGAAGGUAAUGUAUACAGUAUGAAAUAAAAUUAUGUAUAUAAUUGACGUUUGCAUCUCAGUUAAAUGAUUUUGUUGUUGAAUAAAAAUAAAGAGAAACCAGGGAUAAUUCGACGAAAUCAGUUACUUAAGCUGUACAUUUGUAGUUGUUCGGUGAAUAUGUCACUAAAAAGAUAGAAAAGAUCUCAUCGUAAAGUGAUUCGAGAUUUCAAGUAUCAAGUGAGAUUGCAUAAUAAUCAGUGGGUUAGAGGAAAAUAGGAGAAUGAACAUAAUUUCCGGGUCAGAAUUAUGAACGAUAAUUGUUCAUUUGACAGAUAUGAUGAAGAAUGAAAAACAUAAAGGUCGUAAUAAUAAUAGGACAAUAAUCAUGAAAAGUUUGUUAAAGGAUGAUAAUGACUGAUUACAGUUUGAAAUUACAAAGCAAUAAUAAAAACAAAACAAGACCAAAACAUACUGCAGAAGAGAGCUACGAACAAGGAAGUAUAAGAGGUUGAACGCAUCGUUUUCGCAUUCAGAGUUCGGGCUUGAAUUGGUGAAUUUCACGAUCAAACGUUAAUUUUCAGUAUAGAAUUGUGGAGAUUGUUGAGUUCCGCUGAAAUCAUGGUGGACCACCAUUGAUCGGUUCAUGAUUUCAACGAAAUAUAUAUUUAUUUGGCCAAUAUACACAACUACUAGUAUUUUGUUUUGUGGUAGUUUUAUUUCCCUCCAAAUUAUCAUUCUAACUUUCUUGUGCGCUAAAUUUCUCUUUUUGUUUUUCUUUGUAAAAAAACGAAAAAUAGUCUGCCAAAUUAAUGAAUCCGAAAUCUUCUGGAGAAUCAUCCGUAACUACUCUAACACAAAUUUGCAAAAAAUAUAAAUUUGAUGAAUUGUGUGGAGAUAAUGAUGACACUUCAUCCUCAUCAGAGGAAAAUUGUAAAAUGGAUAAUACUGAAAAAAUCACUAACAAUAAUAAUCGUUUGCCUUUAGGAUGUCAUGAAGUUAGCAUUCAUCCUAGUUUAUUAAUUUCAUCCAAUAUAAAGAUGUUUAAUUCACUUAAAAUUAUUAUACGUGUAACACCAACAUUUUCAGGUGAUGAAAAUAGUCAGUUUUAUGGGUCAGCAAAAGAUCACCAAGAUGAGUCCGAUUUAUUUGUACAACAAUAUGGUUAUCGAUUAUCAUAUAUUUUAGAUGUACUUCAACCUAAUUAUGUGAUAUUAUAUGAGCCCAAAUUAUCAUGGGUCAGAGAAUUAGAAGUGUACAAUGCACGUCUUCUAAUUCAACAUUUCUCAAAAAGUGACUCUUCAAGUAACAUCAGAGAGCUUAAUAAUUCUUUACCUUCAUUAAAAAUAUAUUUUGUACUGUAUGAAAAUUCCGUUGAAGAACAACGAUAUUUAACAAGUUUACGUAAAGUACGUUGAUUUUCAGCUCAUUUAUUUUUCUCAGACAUUUAUCAUUUUUAUAACUUAGUUGUGCAAAAUAUCAGUAAUUACUCUUCAGAGUGGACUUUUUAAAUAUACGGUGUGGUUUCAUUUUAGGUAAAAACAUGUAACACCAAACAAUUCUUUUUACGGACUCGACUGUGUAGCAUAACUAGUUGUGAAGCUACAGAGAUUAACACGUAAAUUUAAGAUUCCCUACGUUCUUUUCGUAUAACAAAUGUGUGGGUGACCUGAGAAAUAACAUUGAACAUGAAUAUGGUCGAAAACCUCAAACUAAGAGAACUUUGAUUUACUGUUCACGGUAAUUAAUGGGGAUGUCUUCAUUACAAAUUUUGUAAUACCUCGACAAAAAUAAUUAACAUAGUCACAAAUGGUUAUGUAAAUAUUAUAGAUGAGAAAAUAUUAUGGUAAAGUAGAUCAGUUCAAAAAAGGACAAGAUCACUAGUAAAAUUAACCAGUUUUUCUAACACCUCCGAAACAAUUUCCCUUAAUGUAUUCUAUAGCAUGUAUCCCUCUAGCCGAAAAGUACAUGUUGAAAUGUCUGAAGGUGUCACUUCUAUUAUCUGUUAAUCUGACUAACUGCAUUAUCUCACCCGCUGUCAUACAUAUAUUUUUAUCCGUACUUUUCCCCACGGCCUGUUAUAGCAGACAUAAAUUUUGAGCGCUGCUGUCACGUCCACACUUAGGUUUCAGACGCAUCUUAAUGUUGGAACUGUAGCGUUCAAGGUGGUCUUUCACUUUUUUCCUAUUCUCACCUAUCCACUAGGUUGUCUAUUUAAUGCAGUUCCGCCUCAUUUCAAGUAGGCAAACACCAGAAAUAUUCUGUUAUUUCAAUUUAAACAUCUUAUUUUCGAACUUCGAGUAAUAUUCGUUAAAGUAUUGUUACUACAAUGUGUUCACCUUGGCUGUUUUCUUGGAUGUUGUUAGUCGAAUUUUUGUUACUCGAAGGUCAAUUUAUUAUGGUCGACUGCCUUUAGUAUUCUGUUCUAUAGUCAUUAAUAGCUUAUUUCAGACCUCUUUUAUGUGCAUCAAAAUCGUUACCUGAUUUAUUGAACAACAGGAAAGUAAACUGUAUGUAUAAUCUGUUUUCUCUUCCAAAGGAAAAAGAAGCAUUUGAAUCUCUUAUUCAGCUAAGUAGCACUCUUGUUAUACCAAAAGAUACAACAAUACCAUAUGGAAAAUUACACGCAGGUGAUAAUCAAGCAGUGUCUCGUGUAAUUGUAGAUAUGCGUGAAUUUCGUAGUGAGCUACCAGCACUUUUACACAGAAAAGGAUUAAAAGUAGAACCUAUGACUUUAAGUAUUGCAGAUUAUAUUCUUGCUCCGCAUUUGUGUGUUGAAAGAAAAUCUGUUAGUGAUCUGAUUGGUUCUCUUAACUCUGGACGACUAUAUCAUCAAGCUACUGCAAUGUCACGUCAUUAUACAAGUCCAGUUCUCCUAAUUGAAUUUUCUAUACAUAAUAAAGUUUCUAGUUUAAAUCAUGGGAGUACAAGAGGAUUUCAUGGAAGUGAAGCAGUUGGUUUUACCUUGUACACUGGGCGACAUGCAAUUAACCCUAGUUCAGAGUUUAAUUCCCAUCAUCUUUUAUCUAAACUUGUUUUGCUCACUAUCCACUUUCCUAAUCUACGAAUAUUUUGGAGCAUGACUCCCUAUUGUACUGCAGAAUUGUUUGCGGAGAUCAAACUUGGUCGACCAGAACCAAGUGUUGAAAAACUUCCUCAGGAUGGUGAUCAUUUAGAGGAUCAUAAUGUUGAGGCUGUUGACAUGCUAUUAAAAUUACCAGGUGUAUCAUGGAAAAACUACCGGCGCAUAAUGAGUCAUGUUUCUUCUUUAUACGAUUUGGUUAACUGCAGUAUGGAAAGGUUAGCAGAAAUUUUGGAUAGCAGUGAAUCUGCUGUUAAACUGCACAAUUUCCUCCAUUCCAAAUGUAGUGGCUUAGUUUCGAAUGCCUCGACAGAUAUUGCUGAUGAACCAUUCAAGUGUCAAAACAGACGUAAAGCCAGACUAAAUUUAUCAGCUUGUGUAAGAACACGUCGUGGGAAAGGUUGUGGGCCUAUCAAAAUGUAGCCCGAUUUAAUUAAUAAUGAUAAAUAUUUGUAACAAUCUUGUACAUAAAAUAAAAUUUAAGUUCCUAUUCUAA